ACAAAAUGUCACAAUCGAUCCUGAAUGAAUCUAGUCCAUACGGGUUAGGUACGCCGCAUUCAUUCGACCAGCUGCAGUGCGGACAAGUCUGGUUCGACAGCGAUGUUGAAGAGGUGCGGCCACCAAGCCCAGAGAGAACCAUCACUAAAAAGAAAAGUGUUGCGACCAGACAGUCCAGAAAACGGCGGGCGGAGGAUGACUCCACAACCUCUUACGUGAUGAGCAAAUCACCGCGACCAGGACAUCGGCUCGUGAGAAUUGAGGUUGUGGAUCUGAACAGCAGCACUAGUGACAGUGAGUGUGUGGUGCUAAAAGCACAGUACGUUGUGACGCAUCCGGUAGAUGAAAUAAUAGACAUGACGGAAAACCUCGUGAAAAAAAUAACAAAGACUAUGUGUAGCUCUUAA